AUGCUCCUUCCUCGACCCCGAACCCUCUCCCGAUCAUGGCAUCGUCGAAAAGGCCUCUUCGUGGCCCAGCUGCUGGGCUUGAUCUGCUUUGUCCUCUUCGUCCAUUCUCUUCUACCGCGCCCGGUUCAAGAAGCCCUGCCCGCAGCUCUGUCUGCUCCCACCGAUGCGAAGCCAACCAAUCCCUUGUUGAAAAGCCAGGCCGCCUUCUGGCGAGAUCUAUAUCACAUUAUUUCGCGCAAUGACCCCAACUGCGAGCAUCCUCCGGAGGCCGUGGUGCCCCAGAAGUUGGAUAUUGGGUUCGACCCGUCCCACAACCACCAGCGACCGGAUAUAUUGUUCAUGGACACGGCAGAUAUCAGACGGAUGCGGGAGGCACAUUCGAACUUUGUUGGCGAACUGAAGAAGAGUCCUCCCAAGAUGCCUUAUGAGCCAGACACCAGGGGUAUUGUCAUGACGGCAGGGUUUGAGCAGCUACCUGUCCUGGUGAUUUCGCUGCGCAUGCUUCGGAGGACGUGGUCGCUAUUGCCAGUAGAAGUGUUCCUGGCCGAUGCGGCCGAUUACGAUGCCAAAAUCUGCAAUGAGGUGUUGCCCACGCUAAACGCCAAAUGUGUCAUCUUCGCAGACAUAUUCCAGGCUGCGGAAUCCAGGGUGUCGAUCGAGCGGUUUCAGUAUAAAAUCAUGUCGGUCCUCUUUUCCUCCUUUGAAGAGGUGCUCCUGAUUGACUCGGACGCAUUUCCUCUGUACGACCCGCUCGAUUUGUUCCUAGCGGAGCCCUUCAACCGUACGGGGAUGGUUGUCUGGCCGGAUUUCUGGUAUGCCUCGGAAUCGCCCUAUUACUUUGAAAUUGCCAACAUCAAAGACAUCCCGCCCCUCAACACUCGGUCGGCGGUUGAAUCGGGCGAGCUGAUGUUUUCAAAGUCCAAGCACAGUCUGGGACUGAUGUUGGCAACUUAUUACAAUUUCUAUGGUCCCAAUUAUUAUUACCCCUUGCUUUCCCAGGGCGCUCCUGGCGAGGGAGACAAGGAGACCUUUGCCUGGGCUGCCACGGCUGUCAACGAACCCUUCUAUCCCGUCUUUGAACCUGUCAAGGCUCUGGGUCGGAUUGACUCCUCGGGCAAUUUCAUCGGAAGUGCCAUGGCCCAACACGACCCUAGACCCGAUUAUGCUAUUGCCCAGGACAGAUGGAACGAGCAUCAUCAGAAGACAGUCACCAAAAGUACAGGCAAUAAUCAAGCCGUCAAGCCCUUCUUCAUCCAUGCCAAUUUCCCCAAGUUCAACCCGGCCACCAUCUUUGGCGAGCAGACCCGUGACUUUUCGGCGCAGGUAAUUGGGUCUGGUGGGCCCACUCGCGACAGCAAUGGAACCUGGGUACGAUGCUGGAUGGACCCGGUUCGUGCUGUUGAAAUGUUUGGGUUCGAUGUCGAAAAGCGGUUUUGGGAGGAAAUCAAGGGCACCGCCUGUGAAUAUGAGCAUCAGUUCGGUUGCUGGAAGGGCAAAAAAGGAAUAUGUGAUCGUGUCAAAGAUUACUGGAACGAGGUGUUUGAAACUCCCCAAGGCUGA